AUGGAUAAAAUUUCUGGACUCGCUUCCAAGCUCGGCGGCAAAGGCUCCCACUCGAGCUCCAACUCCGAUUCCGCAGGCCAAGAGGACUAUGCUGACAAGGCCCUCAGUGGAGCUGAGAAGAAGUUCGGCGGCGGCAAGGUUGACCCCGCGAAGAUGCGCUCAACCAACGAGAAGAUCACCGACACCGGCCGCGAGCAGUUCGAGAAGGCCACUGGCAAGCACGUCCCCGAAAAGUUCUCCAACUAA